AUGCCAGAGAAGAAUCCUCCGGUAUUAGAGAAGUAUGAUGGCUCAACGGAUCCCGACAAUCACCUUAGGAUCUUCACCAAUGCAAUGGCAUUCUACACGGACAACAAACUGGUCAUAUGCAGAGCCUUCUCCUUAUCGCUCAAGGACGAAGCAUUGGAGUUGUAUAACACUCUUUCCCCAAACACAGUGGAUUGCUUCGCCACUAUAGAAAUCCUCUUUAGAAGGCAAUACGCCUUCAAUCAGAAACAAUAUAUAACACUAGCGGAAUUGGUAAAUACUAAACAGGAGAAAGGGAAAACUUUGAAAGCCUUUAUGAAAAGGUAUAAUAAAACCGCACAACGAGUUAAAGAUGUUAAUCACACUUUUAUCAUCAGCAACCUGCCUUCAUGUCUAAGGUCAGGAUAUAUUGCUGAAAAACUAUAUGCACGACCACCAAAAACAAUUGAUGAACUUCAGGAAAGGAUAACUGAGUUUGUUCGUAUGGAGGACAUGAGGAGCUCACAACGAAAGCAACAACAGGAAGCUGAUGUAAGCGGAAAGAGAAAGGACAACAGACAAACGUUCUACAACUACGACAAGGGAGGGGGUUCUCGACCAAAGGACUUCCCUCGAAUGCCAAAGUUUGAUCAUUACACAACUAUCAAUGCACCCAGGGCAAAAAUCCUUGAUGAAGCCCUUAGUGCCGAACUACUUUCGGUCAGGAAGCUUCAUUUACCUAAUAAUGCUUAUGGAAGAAAGCACUGCCAAUACCAUCAAAACCUAGGACAUACUUUCAAAGAGUGUGUGACACUCAAAGAUAAAAUCGAAGAGCUCAUUCGUGUCAGCCAUCUUCGUAAGUACGUAAAGACGGAUCGAUCGCGGAUAAGAAGCUCAUCAAGGNUGUGA